AUAAUUUAUGAGGAAAUAGAUCGUUUAUUAAUUGUACAUUUCCGAUGGCAUUCUUUUGGAAAUUGAAAUGGAACUAUAAAGUGAAAACUAAAGGAUUGUAAUUUGAUGGAUACACAGAUACAUGGUAUGUUACUGGCUACAUUUUGGUUUCACGUUCUGUGGUUUUUAACUGAAUCAGAUUACGUAUUGUGUGUAUACUGUAACGUAGCUGAUAGACGACAAACGACGCAUUCCUCAGCCUAUGAUACCAAUGGCUUUCCGAACGGUAAUUCUUGUAACGGUGUAGAUGGAUUACCAAGUCAAGAUUUUUUUAAUGGAACAUGUGUGCAUACCACUCCGGAAACAGAUCCUUGGUGGGAGGUCGAUUUAGGAACCACAUAUACAGUUGAUUUCAUCAACAUAUCUGUACGAUCCGAUAAUUCAGACUUUAAAAAUUAUGAACAAUUCAGCAGUGUAACGAUAACAGUUGAUGGUAAUUUUUGUGCCAAUUAUUCUGGACCACCUGCUUUAUCAACAAUACGUCAACCUAUCACAAUCACUUGCGCACCUGGUGCUGCAGGACGUUACUUAAAAAUGUUAAGACAGGUGUCCAACGAUAAUUUCCAAUUCUGUGAAGUAGAAGUAUUUGUUGAUCUUACAUUCUGUGCUGACCCUCCUGGCGAUUGGAUGUGUGGCAGUUUAUGCUAUAAUGCAACAGCGAAAACUAAUACUUGUCCUCAAUCAUCUGCUACAGUUAAUCCUGGUAACACUGGAACCGCUAGAAGUGGUGAUUGUAUGUGCCCAUGUGCAAGUAUUGGAACAUCAGUGUUGAUGAACGUUACAAAAGAAGAGUUGUUGGAACAGCUUUUAAAAAUUAUUGACGAUAUCAAAAUUGAUCCCGAUCAAACGUCUUUAGCGAAAAGUAAAUUGACAAGUGCUGAAGAUAACAGACCUUCUGCACAAGCGAUCGGUUCCAUGGGUGUUAUUGCAUUAGUUGCAGUCGUAGCCAUCAUAGUUGUUAUGGAUUUAGAUAGGUAUAUAAGGGGUAUAAAAAAGGUGAAGAAACUUUUCGUAAAAUUGCGAAAAAUGUCAUUCGGUGAAAAGAAAAACUAAAGUAAAAAUGAUCUGCCUGAACAAAUUCAAAAUUUGAGAGACGAUUGAAUUAAUUGUCCACUUUACGAUGUCAUUUAACGUGAAAUAUCUGCUUAUUUUAUUUCUUUUGCAACUUGAAUUAAAUUAAGCAUUUAAUGAAUCACUGAUAUUUUUAACCACUUGAAUAUGUCGCUUUCAAAAUAUUUUUCGGACUUACUUACCAGAGCUAGGCUGUUAUAUUGUCGGUCUUGUUCCUAAAGUAAUGAUCAAAAGGAUCAAAUGAAAUGUUCAGCUUACUAAUUAGAAUGACAUAUGCAUAUAUAUACAUUUAAAAAAAAACCAACAAAAACAAGAUUACACAGGCAUGUCGUUUAUUUACUCGUUACAAACCGUGUAUCGCUGACGAAAACACACGAGUGACAUUAUUACCUCGGAAGACAUUUCAGAUGACUAUUACAUUCAGUAUGAUUUUGUUAUGGUUUUUAAAAUCAGAAGGACAUGCAAGGCAAUUAUUUGAAAAAAUAUCAUCUAUAUAUAUGGUGGCUUCCAAAAUUUUUGCCGGAUGAGGAUUAUUUCAGAAAAUUAUUUAUAUUAUUACCACACCUAUGUUCGUGAUGCUGUUUGUGGUAAACUAUCAGUACAAGAAGGUACACUCCGCCAAAAAACAGUGUGUCAGUAUUGGGAUGAUAAAAACACACACACACAUAUUACAAGAAUAAACUGUUUGAUUCUAAAAUUCUUGAAAUUUGUUUUAGAAGUGAAGUGAAAAAGAUUGUUGAUGUGAAAAUAUGUAAAACAAAUGAAAACAUUAAUUUCUUUAAAUGCGAUGCAUUUAAGAUUUUUAAAAGUAUCUUCAGAUGUGUUUGAAAUGAAAAAUAAAAUGUUUAACAGCACAAAACAUGCCUAAAACAAAAACGAUGUUUUGGUCGGUGCAUAAAUUGAAUAUUUAAUGCAGUUUUAGUCAUUAGUUUCUUCAUAAAAUUGCGGAAAAGUUGUUCUUUGAACUUUCAGAUUCACUCUUGUAUUUUAUUAUUCAUACAAGAAAAGUUUGCACAAACAUAUAAAUUAUACGAUUAGACAGAUAACCUUUAUGCUCCGAUUACAAAACUGAAGAUAUUACGUCUCUCAUUCUACAACAAUCCAUUGACUAGUUUCUCUUAUGACAACAAUUCAUAGAUGAUUAGGACGAAAUUACCAUCCUUUUCAAAGCAGUAGUUUCAUCAGUUUUAACCUGGUGAAAACAGUUGAUUUGUAGAUUCAUAACAAGUUUUUGAUAUGAAUAACAGAUGUAAUAAUACAGCAAUAAGACAACAGUUCAACGACGUAAAACAACCAAACGAAAUAUCUACAUGUCACCAUUCAUUCUUCAAGAUAAGAGACGAAUGUUAGUUUUGCUAAGAAUUAUUAGCAAAUCAGUCAGCACUUUGCCUCUGAAAUGACUUAUAAUAUACGUUUCUAAAAUUCUCUGUUGAUAAAUAAGAAUCAAAGGUUCCAACUCCUUUGCCUUUUCUUCAAGGUCCACUUUGAUGACGUUUGUUUUUUUUACGUUCGUAGUAAAGUCAUCUCCUAAAUAUAAUUUAAGUUAUAAUAUAUAAAUAUAAAGACAUGAAACAACAACAUAAGAUAGUUAUAGAUUUGUACAAUAGUUACAGAAAAAAAUUCACAAUUUCCAAAAUAGAAACACAUAGGCGGUGUAAUCAGAUGUGGAUACUUAAAAUAUUCCAAAGAUAUGUUAACGUACAUGUUAUUUGAGUCUCUUUUCUCUUACAAUAGUACAAACAUUUUACUUAUUCACCCUUUGCAGUAUUAUUCCCCAUUCUAAACUUAGAUAUUUUGAAAGAUUAUUCGAACUUUGUUUCAUAAAAAAAGGCCAACAUUGAUUUGAAUAUUUUGUUUCAGGAAGUGAUAAUUCAUAGUUUGUACAUUAAACCAACACAGAUGCAAACAAAAUACUCUUAAAAUGACAUCGUCAAGAUGAUUCAAUGUAUGAUUGGCAACAUAUUUCUUAAAUUUUGUAGAACGUGUUUAUCAACAAGCAAUCGACAUUCCGAUAGGAACAGUAUGUGAUCAUCUUUUUGUCGACUUGAUCCUUUCUGCAUAUGAGGCACACUUCAACAGGAGCUUCUCAGAAAUUUGAAAAGAAGCUAACAAUAUCCCUUUAUUUCAAUUUCAGCUUUAUAGAUGAUUUCCUCUCAAUAAAUGAUUCAAAAUUUGAACGCAUCCAAUCGAACUUGAA